AUGACAUUCGGGAACAUGAAAGUCGGCAUCCUCGUGGCCAAUGAGGUGGUCACAUUGUGUGACAGAGAUGUGAACAUCAAUGCUGUGGAAGUGCGCGAGAAGAUCAUGGAGUAUCGUGCAGAGCUGGUGGGCUGGGCAUAUCCUCAGCAGCAGAAGAAUUAUGAAUUGUUUUGGUCUACGCAGGACAGCUCAGAGGUGAGUCUCUUCGGCAAGGUGCCCAAUCCUGUGGAUCUCGAGGUCCUGAUGCUGAUCAAGGUUUACCGCUUCGGUGAGCUUUUUGCUGGGGCAGCGAAUGUCACUACUGCUGUGAAGCUCCAUGGCAUUCCUGCUUUCAAGAUGGACAAAAUCUAUUACGGGGGUUUCGAUUUCUUGGCACCGGCUGGAUUCUCGCUGGCAUUGCUGUCCAUUCUACGUAUGGCCCCUCAAAGUGUACUGCUUAUGGCCCCGGACUGCAGCAGCUUCUCUUGGAUGAGUAGCAGUGGAUCUCAACGACACUGGUUUGCUCCGUUGGGUGAUACUUCGAAGGAUUGGGUGGUCCGGGGCAACCAGAUGGCUGCCAGGGUCACACUCUUGGCCCACCUCGUGGCAGCGCUUGGGCAUGUCUUCAUCAUUGAGCAGCCUGGCAGUGCUGCAUUCGGUCACCUUCCGUUGUGGCG